CAGCGAGGAGAGGAGAGCAGAGAGAGAGAGAGAAAGAGGGAGAAUGAGCGGAGGGAAAUCCAAAGAGCACGUCGUGGCCAACGGCGGUUUGAAGAUCUCCGUCUGGAUUAAAGUGCUGAAGAGUAACGCGGCCUGGGAGGAUAAGGAUGAAUUUCUAGAUGUCAUCUACUGGUUUCGCCAAAUAAUUGCAGUUAUUUUAGGUGUUAUCUGGGGAAUUGUUCCACUUCAAGGAUUCUUGGGAAUAGCAAUAUUUUGUUUGAUCAAUGCCGGAGUCCUAUAUCUCUACUUCAACAGCUUCCAGCAAGUAGAUGAAGAGGAAUAUGGAGGAACAUGGGAACUAACAAAAGAGGGGUUCAUGACAUCGUUUGCAUUAUUUUUGGUUGUUUGGAUAAUCUUUUACACCGCGAUACAUUUUGAUUGAAGACUGAAAACUGCCGUCUAUUCCUGUCAGGUUUUAAAUUACAGGGAGAGAAAAGAAAAUCAAAAACAAUGUACUGAUUUUUGCAAUUGUUUGAAAUCUUUUGUACCACAAAAAUCACGGGAACCACAAAGAAACAUGGGAUACCUUGCAGGAAGCAGAAUUCCCUUCAAGGCCAUUUUAAUGACCGUACUAAUGUAUGGAAUAUCGCAGGAAUUUUACAAGACAUGGACUUCUUCUGCAACAACAGUUUUGAGAGCUCCAGUCAUGCUGAAGUGUGAUGCCAACCAUAUCAAUAAGGAGAUUCCCUGUAUCAUGCCCUGUAAUGUUGGUACUCUUAACGUGUGUUUUAAUUUAACUAAUGUAAAAUACCUUUAAAAUUGGAUGUGAAACAUUUAUUAAUUUUUGAUGUGAAUGUCUUUCAAGAGUUUGUAUUUCAAACUUUCUAACAGAAAAUGAUUGCAUCUUGGUGGUAUUAAAAUUAAAAUCCAGC